ACAUGUUAUGACUUGCUUGUCAUGCGGAAUUUCAAUAAUUAGGCCGCUUACGCAAAACGCACCAAGCGUUCCUUUUCGACGUUAUCAAUAACUGAAAUGGCCGAUCACGAUCAAUUAAUAGCGCAGCUCACAUCCAUGACCGGAAUGUCUGCGGAAAAAGCCAAGUUCUAUCUUGAAAUGAGCAACUGGGAUAUCAAUGAUGCUGCCAGUCAAUACUUUGAUCCUAGUGGCGAGCAGGAAUCCGAACCCAGCGCAAGCGUUAUGGAUGAGUCACUAACUUCAAAAAACUAUGCUGCUCCAGAGGGACAGUCUUCAAGCAAAGCUCAGUCAAAACAGAAGAGAGUUGCAACAAUUCGUGAUUUUGAUAGCGAUGAUGUGGAAAAAGAUGACGAGCCUCAAAGCUUUUUUGCUGGCGGAGAGAAGUCUGGCAUGCUUGUUGAAGCCCCUAGAAAGGACGGUAACGAACAGAGAAACAUCGUUGAUGACAUCUUGAAAAAAGCCUCAGAAGCUGGCGCACCACCACCGCAAGAUGAAGAUGUUCCGGAAAGGCCCAGAUACUUUUCAGGAUCAGGCUACACUCUCGGAAGUGAUGACGAACCAUCAAUUCAAGUUGGUACUGGCCCACAAUCUGAGGCAACCCAAGAAUCUAGUGUCCCGGUUACUCGUCAGUUGACUUUUUGGCGUAACGGCUUUAGCAUUGGCGAGGGUCCCCUUCUCAGAUAUGAUGAUCCAGCAAAUGAAUACGCCCUCAAUGCCAUCAAUAGCGGACGGGCCCCACUAUCAUUGCUCGAUGUCCAGCCUGGACAAGCAGUAGAUGUCCGAGUUGCCAAGAGAUUGGAUGAAGAUUACACCCCUCCCCCCAAGGCACCCCCAAAACCAUUUGAAGGCGCAGGUCAUCGUCUAGGCAGUCCGUCUCCCGAGGUGAUGUCUCGAACCUCCUCAUCGGCUUCGCAACCAAAGGCUCCUAAAUCCACUCAUUUGGAUGUAGACACCACUCAACCCAUCACCUCACUGCAAAUCCGUAUGGCGGAUGGAACAAAGCUAGUUGCCAAGUUCAAUCACACCCAUACCAUUGCUGAUGUUCGAAACUUCAUCAACGCCUCACGACCUGGUGAAUCCAGUCGACCAUAUAUCUUGCGAAGUAGCUUCCCACCUAAGCCUCUUGCAGAUGAAAAUGUGUCAUUGGCAGAUGCUGGCUUGUUGAACUCGGUUAUCGUACAGACAAGCCAAUAGGUCUCUCAGUAUUAUAUUCACAUCACAAAUGUAUAUAAAUAAACGGAUCUGACUUGCGAAAGCUAAAACGUUGGCUUCAAGCCGGUGUGGCCUAUGGAUGAUAAUUGGCUAACCUCCAGACAUAAGCAUAUGUCAUAUAAGCAAGCUUGAUAUCUGAGCACACUGUAAUACACUGGUAGUUGAGCAU